ACCGGGCUAUUUGUCCAUUUCAAAACCUUUAUACUGUUAUUGGAAGAAUGCAUGGUAAUACUCAUAAGCAUUCUGGUUCAAAGAAAACCUUUGAUGUGAUAAGCAAACAAUAUGCUUACAUUCCUCAAUCCUUUAUAAAGGUAUAUGUUGCUCAAUGUACACAAUGUUGUAUAAGAAGAAAUUUUUCUGCUCCUGUUAUCAGAGAGAUCAUUAUUUUAAAAAAAUUCUUGCAACAUGUGCAAGUAGAUCUUGUUUCAUUUGAGAAAUAUCCAGAUAAGAAAUACCAGUAUAUUGCACACCUUCAGGCAGCAGAAGUUGCUGCAUUCCUAUUGUCUGUUUUUACUGUCUUUGGGCCUCCAUACAUUUUGCAAAGUGAUAAUAGGAGGGAAUUCACUGCUCAAAUUAUUUAUGAACUUCUCAGUUUAUGGAAAGAAAUCUAUAUAAUAAAUGGGCAUCCUUGCUAUCCUCAAUCGCAAGGUAUAAUCGAAAACUCUAACAAGACUUUGAAGAAUGUUCUCUUUGUAUGGAUGGAAGACAAUAAUCAAAGAGAUUGGGAUACUAUGAAUAUUUGUCGCUCUAGACCUACCAAUUAUACACUAUAUGAAUUAGAAGAUUUGCCUGAAGGUAUUAUCAAGAAUGAGGAAGAUUCUGAAAAUGAAGAUAAUAACUUAUCUGAUAAAUAUGAAGAUUUCAAUGAAAUCACUCAAAUUAAUAAUAUGGAAAGAGAUAGUGCUUCACAGUCUUUGAUAGUAGCUUCUCCAUCAAGUUCACGAUCUUUGAUACUAUUUUCUGAUAUUUUUCAAGAAGAGGAUAGUACUAUAAAAGAAAAUAGUACUUUACAAACAAAUAAAUCUUCGUUAAUAACUUCUGUUCUAGGAGAACACAAAUUAGAAAUUUCUGCGCAAGAUAAUUUUACAAGUAAUCAGAAAAGAAUUACAAAAGAUAAGGAAAAUCAAAAUUUUAUUAAUUCAAAUAAUUCAAAUGAUUAUGUUCCUUCAAAAAAACAUCGUAUUCGAGUUAUUCAAGAAGUUUCAAAUAAUCUAACUUCUCAGCAUAACAUUUAUUGGCAAGUUGCAAAUAAAAAUCUUGAAGACUAUUGUUCCAAAAUGAAACACCAGAUGCAUACAAAAUACAAUAUUCAUGAAUAUGUUUAUGAAGUUGGUGAUCUAGUAAAAAUUCAAGUUGCCAAAAUUGACUGUGGCCCUGGUGAUCAUUGUGCACUCCCUUGCAAAGUGUUUGCAGUGCUUCUCAGAAAUAUGUAUCGCCUUGUAUAUCGAUUUGGCAUUCUUGACCAAGCAUUUUUAGCUUGUGUGGUUUUACUACUUGGACCAAAAGAAUAUCCAGAGUUGGAUAAUCCUCCAACCAACACAACUGUUAGUAUAAUUAAAGCAGCAAAAUUGCAAUCUAAUACUCUUGCUAGUAAUAAAGUAUGCAAUUGUAGAGGUGACUGUUUUACAGCAAGAUAUAUUUGCAAAAAAGCAAAUAUUGUAUGUGAAAGUGGAUGUUAUCUGAAGAAUUCAAAGUGUAAGCACCAAGCUUAA